AUGGCUAAACGCUCGGUCUACCUAGCCAAAUGCCGCACCACUGCCAGCCAGCGUGCACAUUUUGCCAUAUUCAUCCCAAACGUUAUUUGCGAUCGACAUGAUCUAGCGACAAGCUUCAAGACGGCGCCCUGCCAUAGAUGCGUCAUUCACGUAGGUGGCGAACCUUUGAUGAGUGGAUAUGCCCACGAGUUCAAGCGGAACUACGACUGCGUCACGAUGCACGACAUCCAAGAAUUAGUGUUCCUCAGCUAUGUCAACGAGGCGAAUAUCUUUGAGCCAACGAAUUCAACGUUCUGCCGAGAGGGAACUCCUCGAGCAAGACUGGAGCGAGAAGCUCUUCUGGUCAAUCCGCCUCCACGGGGUCAGAACCUCCGAGUUCCAAUCGACGGAAUCCUUGCUAGGAGAUGCCAAGAGUGGACAAUCGAUUACAUCAAGAGACUCGUCGCCCAAUCCCUCAUUUGCGAGGAUGCCUCAGGUAUUGCCCAAAGCCAUCGCGAUCCGCCCACUCAUGGUAUCUUUGGUUUCAAAUCUACAGAAGCGAGAUCACCAGGAUCUGCUCAAGCGAGGAACCAGGAGGCAGGGGUGCUCCAAGCAUUGCAUCGCACAAUGGAGGAGCACGUCGAGGCGGGGAAGGACAUUUGAUCCAGGGUCCUCACCGAAUCCAAAUGCGAUAUGGAGUGCAGACUUUGAGUUGGAAGGCUUCAUAAAUGGCAACAUCUCAUGCACAUAGACACAGUUCAUGCAGAAUGUUCUUGGCUCUCGUGUCUGAAG